CAUGUGUUUUAAGAAUGAAGAAUCAUUUAAAAUGAUGCAGCCCCAUCUCUGAAUAUUUUACAACACUACAUUGGGUAGCGAGUAUUCUUGCUCGUUCGAUCAUCUUCCACUUUCGACGGGUAGGUUUUUGCAGACGGAAGGUGAAAAAAUUUUCCACAUUACGAAUUGCAAAAAAAUCAACAUUUUUACUAAUUUAUCCAUUUGAUUUGAUAUAAUUUUCAAAUUGUGCUCUAUUUAUAUUGUAUUAAAAAUCUGCCUAUAGAAAGUUGAAAAUUUGCUCUGGAAAUAGAAAGUUAUUGCGUGCUUGUCAACGUCGAAAGGUUGAAACUGCAGCGCAGCAGGCAACACUCGCUCGGAAACGGGGCAACGUCGCGCUCGCUAUAAUUGUUUGCUUUACUUGAUUAUUCUAUUCGUCGACAAUUGUCGGCCAUAAGCAGAAACAAUUUUUCGUAAAAAUUGGUGAAAAAAAUAUUUGAUUUGACACGCGAGUCAUACAGUGAUACAGUUAGAAUCCAACAUGAGUGGCGGAUUACCGGAGUUGGGCUCGAAGAUCAGCCUAAUUUCGAAAGCUGACAUUAGAUAUGAAGGCCGCUUGUAUACGGUGGAUCCACAGGAGUGUACAAUUGCCCUGUCGAGUGUGCGCUCCUUUGGAACGGAGGACCGUGACACCCAGUUUCAAAUAGCACCGCAGUCACAGAUCUACGAUUAUAUCCUAUUUCGCGGCUCUGACAUCAAAGACAUUCGCGUUGUGAACAACCAUACGCUGCCGCACCAUAAUGAUCCGGCCAUAAUGCAGGCACAAUUGCAGAACGGCCCCCAGGUAAUGCCACAACAUUUCCCAAUGAAUGCGCCACAACAACAACAACAGCAGCAGCAACCACAGCACAGUGGUCCAUCGAUGGCUGGAGCCAGUGGAGGUGCACCCGGAGCACCAGGCGGCGGUGGCUUUGGAAAUGGAAAUCCAUUUGGCGCCUUGGGAGCUCCCAGUCUUGGCCCGGGCUCUUUGGCUCCUGGUGCCGGAGCACCUGGCAGCGGAGGGCCAUUCAUGAACAUAGGUGGUAAUCAGCAACAGCAGCAGCAACAAAAGCCUCAGCAGCAGCCAAAACAAAAUAUGCUUGCGAGCGCUUCGCGUUCGACAACGCCUAUUAGCCUCAUUAUCAGUCCAACGGCCGACCUGACCCAGCAGCACUCCCAGCAACAGCAGCAGCAGUUACAUCAGCAGCAGAAUUCUGUGCAAGCUCUCGGCGGUGGUAAUGCGCGCGAUGCCGGUCAUAAGCGCCAAAACCAUCAGCAGCAGCAACAACAACAGCAGCAGCAGAGAGGGGGACCCAAUAUGCAGCAACAGCAGAGGAAUAACCACAACCACAAUAACGACUAUUACAAUCAUCCCCACCCCCAGCAGCAGCAGCAGCAGCGCGAUCGCCGUGAUUCUGGCCGUCAAAUGGAUAACAAUUACAACAACAAUUAUAAUAAUCAGCGUAAUCGUGGGGGAGUCGGCGGUGCCAUCCAACAGCGUGGCAGUGGAGGAAAUGGCGCAUGGAACAUGCACCGUGGUGGUCCACAGAAUUCGAACAAUAUGAUGAUGCGCGGCAAUCGCGGCAUGGGUGCUCGUGGCCCAAUGCGACCCAAUCAGGGUUAUCGUCCACAAUCGGCUAAUCAGAAUAAACCUCGCAACAAGAUCAAAUUUGAGGGCGACUUUGAUUUCGAGCAGGCAAACAAUAAGUUUGAAGAGCUGCGUUCACAACUGGCGAAACUCAAGGUGGGCGACGAACCCAACAAAACCACAGCUACAACAACAGCCACAACCACAACAACAACAACUUCUACCACUACUGAUCAGUUGAAUGGGGAGACCGACAAGAAGGAUGACUCUGGCAAUGAGACUGGCGCUGGUGAGCAUGAGCCUGAGGAUGAGGAUGUUCAUGUGGGCUACGAUAAGACCAAAUCAUUCUUUGACAACAUUUCGUGCGAGGCGGCUCAGGAUCGCAGCAAGAACAAGAAGAAUGACUGGCGUCAGGAGCGCAAAUUGAAUACCGAGACAUUCGGAGUCUCGUCCACCCGACGUGGCAGUUUUAAUAGCUACCGAGGGCGCAACCAUUACUACAACAAUGGCAACACGAUGGGCGGAGGUGCCGGCAAUGGUGGCAUGAAUUCUGGCUACGGCGGUGCACCUGGCUAUAAUCGCAACAAUUAUCGCAUGGGCGGCGGCGGCAACUUUCGCAACCGCAGCAACAAUCGUAACAAUAAUGGCGGAAACCGCCAGAACAACAUAACCAAUGGAAAUGGCAGCGCAGCCGCAGCUCUGAAAGCUGCCAAUAAUGCAGGAGGUGCCGUUACGGGCAACAAUACAGACACCACGGCACCCAAUGCCGCAACAACGAAGACGGCCACAUCUACAAUUACAGAGCAGACGCAACAGGUGGCGGCAGUUUCUCAAUAAUGUCGCAUGCGUGGAGUUCCCUUGCCUAACUUUACAAAAUCUAAAAACAGUCCUACUCAUUGCAAAGCUAGUUUACCCGAAUUCAACCUAAUCAAGCGACCGACCGAUCGACGACAAAAAAGGCUCUUAUCAUCAUGAAGAAUCGAUUAUGGAAAUGGCAUAAACAGAAUAAUUGUAAAAUUUUACUUAGUGUUGUAACGCUCAUGACGUCCUGCGCGCACUUUGCCCGCCCACCGUGUUGCUUUGCUAUUCAUAAGAUCAAUCAGAAGCGUUCAGCAGCCAUAAGAUAGGUUUUUGUGUAAAUGGCAUGCUGAACGGCUAUAGUGAUGCAGCACAUGAUUAUAGUGAGAACAUACACACCUCUACAUAUAUUUAGUAAUAAAUGUGAAGAAAACAUUAAGCAUAAGUCUAUGAAAAGUUAAAGAAAAACUCUAGGAGUCGCAAAUUAUGAAAUUAAAGAAAGAAACAAUUAAAUCCAUGGAAUUCCCAACAUUAAUAAAAGCAAACGCAACUCGCAUGUUUAUAUUUUAAAACAAGAAAAAAAGGCCUACAACUAUACUUAAUGUGGGCAUACAACAUAACAUAAAUAAAUUAAUUCAAAGCGUUACUAGCAUUUAAACUUUUUUAAGAACAAAUUUUAAUGAUGGAGAAAAUGGAAAUACAUGCAUAUAUAUUAAAAUUAGCAGCAACACGUACAUAUAUUGAACACAAAAAGAAAAGAAAAAACAAAAAUUGUAAAAAAUAAAUCACCUAUCAGUAGUAGUGUGGGCAACAAAUAAAUUUACUUAAAACUGAUUGUUUACAUAAAAAGCGAAAACCCCAGAACAAUUAAAGCGUGUCUUUCAGAAAUUAGUUAAAUUUUCGAUCAUUUUCAGUGUCUAUAGCCAAAAACUGUCAAAUAGUGUGUAGUAUGCGUUUCCUGUGGGGAGCUUAAAUAUAUAUUAUUAAUUAUGUUACUUAAACAUGUGAACACCAAUUAUGUAUUUAGCCUACAGCCUUCAAUGAUCGCAGCAAGAGAAAAUAUUCUGUUAUCCAGGAAUGCACAAUAUCUCAUUAUACCACAAUUAAUAGUUGUUAGCCACGCAUUGUGGAUAUUCGCGUAAGAUUCCGAUUUAUAUGAUCUUAUUUUAAAAUGAUUUAUUUUAAAGUUAACAUUAUACUUUAAAUUUGUGUCGAGUAGCUGGAAUUGAAUGGAGAUAUUACAAGAAUACUCCACGAAUUGUACAUCAAAAAUGUUUUUUGUAAAUGUUUCAUAUAAAUAAGCCAUAUAAUUCAUAUUAAAUUCAGAGCAAAAUAAUUUAAAACC